CUCACUGCUAAACAAUCCCAGGCGCCCUUGUUCGUGUGGAUUUGUGCAUUGCUGAUUCUUCGACGGCGUGCAAACGGUUUUUCAGAGCGGGCAGCUGUUCACCAUGGCGAUGCAGGUCGAUCUCUCCAACGCGCAGGUGAUGAAAGAUGAGGCGGGCAGGCCGUUUAUCAUUGUCAGAGACCAAGGCAGGAAGCAGAGACAGCAUGGCAACGAAGCUGUCAAGUCCCACAUCCUGGCCGCGAAGACGGUCGCCAACAUUGUCAAGAGCUCUUUGGGACCGCGAGGACUGGACAAGAUCCUCAUCUCGCCUGACGGAGACAUCACUGUCACAAACGACGGCGCCACGAUCCUUUCCCAGAUGGAGAUUUCCAACCACGUCGCGAAGCUCCUAGUCGAACUGUCAAAGUCCCAGGAUGACGAGAUUGGUGACGGAACAACAGGUGUCGUGGUAUUGGCGGGAGCUCUCCUCGAACAGGCCGCCGACUUGAUUGACAAGGGCAUCCACCCAAUCCGGAUAGCAGACGGCUACGACCAGGCAUGUGAGGUGGCCGUGGCCAAGCUCGACGAGGUCAGCGAUGAGAUCAACUUCUCCCGGGACAACACGGAAGAGCUAUUCAAGGUUGCAAAGACCAGUCUGGGCAGCAAGAUUGUUUCCAAGGCGCACGACCAGUUUGCCAACAUUGCCGUAGAUGCUGUGUUGUCGGUAGCAGACUUGGAACGGAAAGACGUCGACUUUGAGCUCAUCAAGGUUGACGGCAAGGUCGGUGGAUCGCUGGAAGACACACUCCUUGUCAAGGGUGUCAUAAUAGACAAGGACUUUUCCCAUCCUCAGAUGCCUUCCGAGGUCAAGGACGCCAAACUCGCCAUCCUGACUUGCGCAUUUGAGCCGCCGAAGCCCAAGACCAAGCACAAGCUGGACAUUACCACUGUGGACGAGUUCAAGAAGUUGCAAAACUACGAAUCGAGCAAGUUCACCGAGAUGAUUGAGCAGAUCAAGAACACGGGCGCCAAUGUUGUAAUAUGUCAAUGGGGCUUUGAUGACGAGGCGAACCACCUGCUUCUUACCAACCAGCUACCUGCUGUCCGGUGGGUAGGAGGCCCCGAGAUCGAGCUCAUCGCCAUUGCAACCAACGGCCGUAUCGUACCAAGAUUCGAAGACCUCAGCGCAGAAAAGCUAGGAAAGGCGGGUAUUGUCCGGGAGCUGACGUUCGGAACCACGAGAGAUAAGAUGCUGGUCAUUGAGGAUUGCGCAAACACAAGAGCCGUCACAGUCUUUGUCCGCGGUAGCAACAAGAUGCUCAUUGACGAGGCCAAGCGAUCGUUACACGAUGCUCUGUGCGUUGUCCGUAACCUGGUUCGCGACAACCGUAUCGUGUACGGCGGAGGUGCUGCGGAGAUAGCAUGCUCACUUGCCGUGGAAGACGCAGCAGUCAAGAGCCCUGGCCUUGAGCAGUAUGCAAUGCGCGCCUUUGCCGACGCCUUGGACUCAGUGCCCAUGGCGCUGGCGGAGAACUCUGGUCUCAGCCCAAUCGAAACCCUGGCCAAUAUCAAGUCCCGGCAGGCCAAGGAGAAGAACUACAGAUUGGGUGUUGACUGCAUGCAGACGGGUUCUAAUGAUAUGAAGGAGCACUUUGUCAUCGACCCCUUGAUCUCGAAGCGACAGCAACUAUUGCUCGCCACGCAGCUAUGCCGUAUGGUACUCAAGGUAAACAACGUAAUCAUUGCUGGAAGCGGCGAGCAGGAUUUCUAGGCACUACAUUUGUCACCAUGCCGUACACAUCACACCGAAUGAUACGUGCUUGAGUACAGUAUCCAAGUACACCAAAACGCCACGAAGCGCAAGGGCUAUUGAAAGGCCCUCUCCGCGGCAGGUGUGUCAAUAGACGAUUCAAAGUAAAAAGAAACGCAAGCAUCAUGAUGCC